AUGCAAAAAGAACUAUAUUCUGCAAUAUUUAAUCAAAAACCACUUAGAAUAAAAGUAUUUGAAGAUGUUUUGGCUAUUGGUAAACAAAUCGAUCCAAAGGGAAAGAAAUACACUUAUGAAGCACUUUGGGAGUCUCCAGCAGCCAUGGCUGGUAAUGGUUAUAAGACAGAGUUGGAGAAAUACUUCACCGACAACCCAUUGGUGUUGAAAGAUUUCAACAAGAAGGAUAUAUAUGACAUCUUUAGAUCUACGGUGAAAGCUGGCAAUUUAGAGGUUCUCAAGUAUCUGGUGGGCGCGAUCGAUAGGGAGCGUAAAUUACUGGGUAAUUCAACGAUUAUGAUAGAGUCACGUGAUUGGGAAAUCAUCCAUUACAUCGAGAGUCUCGAGAGUGUCCAGGUGAACUAUGAAAGUGCAAUGUCUGAAGCUCCAUUGAGUGGAGAUAUCGAGCGUCUCAAGUAUUUUGCUGGAAAGUGUAGAGUAUCAAAUGAAUCGAUAGCGAUAGCAUUUAACAAUGCUGCAAGAGUCGGUCGUAUCGAUAUGAUAGAGUGGUUGGCUGCGAAUCACUCCAAGUACAGAGCCGGAAAUUCUAUGACCAUUGAAGCUGUUCGUGGAGGUCAUCUUCACGUUCUUGAAUAUCUAAAGAAAGAAGCCAAAGAUAGAUUUACUUUUGAGGACGACGACGAACUUUCAUUUUUAACUCUUAUCGAUGUUUCUGCAGAGUUUGGCCACCUUGAUAUUUUGAAAUGGUUACACUACAAUCGAAUUGGUUCCGCUACUUCUAGAGCUGCUUACUUGGCAGCUAUGAAAGGACAUUUGGAGUUGCUCAAGUAUCUGUUGAAUCAUGUUAAUGCCGACCUUUCAUCAGAUGCUAUCGAUUAUGCGAGCUCGAAACACCUAGAUAUUGUAAAAUGGUUACACGAGAAUCAAAGUGCAAGAGCAACUACUUGGGCCAUGGAUAACGCAGCUAUGAACGGUCGAUUUGAAAUUGUAAAGUGGUUAAAUGAGAAUAGAAGUGAAGGAUGUACCCAUCAAGCUAUGGACCAUGCGGCAGGUGGCGGAUUCCUGGAAAUCGUAGUGUGGCUCCACGAAAAUAGAAGUGAAGGUUGUAGUACUGACGCAAUGAAUACCGCUGCUCAAAAUGGCCACCUCCAUGUUGUUAAAUGGUUGCACGAGAAUAGAAGUGAAGGUUGUACAAAAAAUGCAAUGGACAAUGCUUGCUUCUAUAAAAAUUACGAAGUUGUAAAAUGGUUACAUGAAAAUAGAAGUGAAGGUUGUACAAAAAAUGCAAUGGAAAACGCCGCUUAUUUUGGUGACCUAAGAAUGGUGAAGUGGUUGCAUGAGAACAGAAGUGAAGGAUGUUCAAAAAAAGCUAUGGACAAUGCGGCAAGUAGCGGUUCCUUGGAAACUCUUAUUUGGCUCCAUGAGAAUAGAAGUGAAGGUUGUUCGGUUAGAGCAAUGGAUUUGGCUGCAUCAAAUGGACAUCUUUCAGUUUUAGAGUGGUUACAUGAAAAUAGAAGUGAAGGUUGUUCAACCCGUGCUAUGGACGAUGCUAUUAUUUCCCAUCAUAUGCACAUAUUAAAAUGGCUUCAUGAAAAUCGUACAGAAGGCUGCACAGACGAAGGAAUCGAUUAUGCUCAUGAAAAUGAUUAUAGAGAAGUGAUAAGAUGGCUAUCUAUCAACAAACCAAAGCAGCAUGAUACACCCACUGAAAUACAUGUCGAAGAAGAAGAAGAAGAAGUAGAUAGUGAUGAUGAGGGUCCGCUCUAUUUGUAG